CAUCUCACAAUUCCCCAAUUAAUUUCUCUUCCCACUCAAUACACCAAAUCUCUCUGAAUUAGAUGGCUUUAGAAGCUCUCAACUCUCCAACACCUGCCACUGCCACGCCCCCCUUUCACUUUCAUUCUCAUACUUGCACCAAUUUCCAUUGCCUCGACUCUUUUACUAAGGGUAAGCGUUCUAAGCGGCCGCGUUCCGAGGACCACGUCCCCACCGAGGAAGAAUACCUUGCUCUCUGCCUUCUCAUGCUCGCUCGCGGCGCUACUGACUCCUCCGCCUCCACCCUUCCUCACCGCCACCGCUCUCCCACUCCAACGGAUCAACAACUUAGAUUCAAGUGCAAAGUUUGCAACAAGGCCUUCAACUCUUACCAGGCUUUGGGUGGCCACAAAGCCAGCCACCGUAAGCUUUCAUCUGGUAUUAACGAUGACCAAUCAACCUCAACAACCACCUCUUCCACUUCCACCUCCAACCCAAGCGGCAGGUCCCACCAGUGUUCCAUCUGUCAUAAAAGCUUCCCUUCCGGACAGGCCUUGGGGGGUCACAAGCGUUUGCACUAUGAAGGCUGUGCUGGGACUGCUAGAGGCGUUACGACACCUGAAAGAUCAGCGUCCACUAGUUCCACCAGCCAGCGGGGCUUAGACCUCAACCUUCCGGCUUUUCCGGAACUCUCACCGUCAAAAUUGUUUGUUUCCGGCGGCGUUGAAGAGGUGGAAAGCCCACAUCCUGCUAAAAAGCCACGUCUCGUGAUAUGGAUGCCACCUGAAGUUGAAGUCAACUAAACAAAUACUGAAUUCUUUUGUAGGAAUUAUAUUAUUUUAGAUUCAUUUUCUUCUAUUGAAUAUUUUAUUUCCGUGUAGAUAGCAUUUGAAGAAUUCUCGGGUCUCUCAUUUGCUAUACUUAAAAAUUAAUUCAAUUCAAUUGAUUCUUUUUUAA